UACAACUGCUAUCUAGUUAGCUCAUGCGCAUCAAAAUCUGUGCCACUGGAUAAAAAAAAAGGCUGUGAUGAUAAUAUCAAGAAUUUUAUCAUCUUCAAAUCCUAUCAGCAGAGCCAGUUCCACAACAAUGGCAACUCAAGUUUGUUCAUCAUCAACCUUUGUUGUUCAACAUCAUAAUAGCUUGAAAAGAAGCCCCUUUUCUUCAUUUCCUGUCAAACCACUUGUGGGUGCAAGAGCUUUCUCUUCAAAAAUCUCCAAUUCAGCUGCAAAAGAUGAAUCUCUACCCUGUAUCGGUUUUCUGGGUCUUGGAAUUAUGGGUUCUCCAAUGACGCAAAAUCUUUUACAAGCUGGAUGCGACGUGACUGUUUGGAAUAGAACUAAAAGCAAGUGCGACUCUCUUAUAAAUUUGGGAGCAAAAUAUCAAACAACCCCUGAGGAAGUUGCCUCAACUUGUGAUGUCACAUUCGCCAUGCUUGCUGAUCCUGAAAGUGCGUAUGAUGUUGCAUGUGGAAAAUAUGGAGCUGUAAAUGGAAUGACCCAAGGGAAAGGGUAUGUCGAUGUUUCUACUGUUGAUGGUGUUACUUCUAAACUUAUUAACGACCAAAUCAGAGCCACCGGAGCAUUAUUUUUAGAGGCUCCAGUUUCAGGCUCGAAAAAGCCUGCUGAGGAUGGUCAGCUAAUAUUUCUAACUGCAGGAGAUAAAGCUUUAUACGACAUUGCUGCUCCGUUCUUAGAUAUCAUGGGGAAGUCAAGGUUUUACCUUGGAGAUGUUGGAAACGGUGCAGCAAUGAAACUUGUUGUUAACAUGAUCAUGGGAAGUAUGAUGGCAUCAUUUUCCGAAGGAUUGCUUCUUAGUGAAAAAGUAGGGCUGGACCCAAAUGUUCUGGUUGAGGUAGUGUCCCAAGGUGCUAUAAGUGCACCAAUGUUUUCAAUGAAAGGUCCUUCGAUGAUCAAAUCUGUUUAUCCAACGGCGUUUCCUUUGAAGCAUCAGCAAAAGGACAUGAGGCUUGCUUUAGGGUUAGCUGAAUCCGUAUCUCAACCUACUCCAAUUGCAGCUGCUGCUAAUGAACUGUACAAAGUAGCAAAAUCUCAUGGUCUUAGUGAUCAAGAUUUUUCGGCAGUAAUGGAAGCAUUGAAACCAAGGUUGCAAACAACAAAAGAGUAAAAUCACUUCAGAUGGUAAUUCAUCUCGAUCGCCUUUCUAUAACAAAAUUUUUCUAGUCAGUGUUACAUUGUUAUGGAUUUUUUUUUGAUGUCUAUAGGGAUUCCUUGAAUUCAAUGCAUAUAACCGAGCUUUCACAAAAAUAGAAAAAGAAGCACAUAUUGCUGUAUGUCUUGUAACUAAAACAUCAAUUUAACGAAUUGGAUGUACUUUCGCGUUUUUUUUCUUCUGUGUAUUGGUUGUUCGAUAAAAUUGGUUUUGAAAUUUCAUAUUUCCUUCUCCUUA